AUGGUGCGCCAGUCUCAGGCCCGUCCCACCCGGGGCAGGGCUUCUCGGGCUCGUCAGCCAAAGCGUGAGACAGCGCCAAAAAAUUCGGUUCCAUAUGUGUACCAGGAGAUGCUGGAAGAGGCUGAAGCAAGAGAUCCAGAGCAGUUCCAUUCCGAUCGGCCGAUCAAGAGACGAAGGGUUGGCGACUCACGGGCUUUUGCUGUUCAUUCGCCUGAGCCGGCACAAACCGGCACAGUCACGGACGUAGGCAAAGGCGAAGAAUCGCAGGCACGACAGUUGCAAACAGUCUACGAUCUCUCGGAAUCGGGCGAAUCUGACAUCGAAUGGGAAGAUGUGGAUACUCAGCAGCAAAUACCUGCACCAUCUAGUGCAGCGGCAGUCUCACAAGGAUCAAACGAGACACUCCAAAUUACCCUGGAACAAGAGCCAGAGAAGCAAAAAAAGCCUGCACAAAGAAGAAAACCAGUGACCGCAGCUGAGAAGAAGAUCCGGAUGGAUGUUCACAAAGUCCAUCUUCUUUGUCUUCUGGCUCAUGUCAACUUAAGAAACCGGUGGUGCAAUGACGAGUUGGUGCAGAGUCACCUGAAACGUAUGUUGCCCAAGAGAGUUAUUGCACUUUUGAACCCAGACGAGGAUAAGCCACCGUAUUCACGGUCUACGACCUUCAUCGAUGGUCUCAAUGAAGCUGGUGAAAUCUUCAGCCGACGAUUUCGCGUCAACAAAUUAGGUUUGAGGCGUUCCCACUGGGCCGAAGACCAAGAUAAACUUAAGCAAAGACUGGAGGCGCUUAUGUCAGAUAUCGAAGUCUUUCAAUCCAAAGAAGACUUUCGAUCCCAAGCAAAGACCAUGCAAGGCUCUCGAGACUUCGGUGCGCAGUUGUUCUGUGCCUUGCUGCGAUCAGUUGCAGUGGAGGCAAGACUUGUAUGCUCGCUUCAACCGUUGCCAUUCUCCGGCACUGUCAAGGAUAUGACACCAUCCAAAAAAAGCCCUCAUUAUAUUAUUGUCUCCUCCGAUGACCAUGAAACGUCGACAGAUGAACGCCAGAAGUCGGGCGGAGAUUCACCAACACCCUCGAGAGCGAGGCGGCUUGGACGACCUGAAUUUAUCUCACGGCCUGGCCACACUUCUGAUCGCUUGGGCUCUAAUCUUAGCUCCCGCGAAUCUUCAUACCCAGUUUUCUGGGUAGAAGCAUUCAACGAAGCUGUGCAAAAAUGGUUACCGAUUGACCCAAUUGUUACCAAGUCUCUCGCAAAGCCCUCCAAAUUUGAACCACCCGCAAGUGAUCCGUACAACAGCAUGAGCUAUGUGGUUGCCUUCGAAGAUGACGCUUCCGCACGAGACGUGACUCGGCGUUAUACAAAGGCGUUCAAUGCAAAGACACGCAAGCUUAGAGUUGAAUCGACGCGAAACGGGGAGAAAUGGUGGCACACUGCACUUCAAGCAUAUGAGAAGCCUUUCCUUGAGGAUCGAGACGAGCUUGAAAUCAGCGAAUUGACUUCCAAGUCUGCGGCAGAGCCAAUGCCACGCAAUAUCCAGGACUUCAAAGACCAUCCAGUCUAUGCACUGGAGAGGCAUUUGCAUCGGAACGAGGUGAUCUUUCCCAAACGAGUUAUCGGACAUGUCGGUUUGAGCAAAACAACUUCAAAAAGCGAUAAUUUAGAUCCCGUCUACCGUCGAUCUGACGUGCACGUCGUGCGCAGCGCUGAUAAGUGGUAUCGACUAGGACGGGAUGUCAAAGUUGGAGAACAUCCCCUCAAGCAUGUUCGUGCGACACGACCCAAGAGCGGAAUCGACAGCGACGAUGAAGAUAACGAGCCGGAGCAGACUGCUCUUUACGCCGAGUAUCAAACGGAGAUUUACCAACCACCUCCAGUGGUUCAAGGACGUAUUCCCAAAAAUGCCUAUGGCAAUCUGGAUAUCUACGUUCCAAGCAUGGUACCCCCAGGGGGAGUACACGUUCGAAAACCAGAGGCGGCUCGAGCUGCACGAAUCCUGGGGAUUGAUUACGCAGACGCUGUAACAGGUUUCGAUUUCAAAGGACGUCGUGGAACCGCUGUCAUUGAGGGCAUUGUCAUCGCCUGUGAAUACAAAGAAGCUCUAGAAGAAGUUAUGAGGGGAAUGGCUGAUGAAAGGCAUCGAGCUGCACUUGAAGCGCGAAGUGCGGAGGCACUCCGCGUUUGGCGACUUUUCCUUGUCAAGCUUCGGAUCGCUGAACGAGUGAAGGAAUACAUCGGCUCGGACGAGGAAAGAUAUGAUGCAUCCACCUCGGAGACGAGUGUGAACGAUCUGGAAGAAUCCGGAGGAGGCUUCUUUUCAGAGCCUAGUCAACCCACGUACAGCACGUUAAAGGAAACUGACACGGAUGAUUAUCAUCUCGGAGGAGGUUUUCUACCAGAUGACUCCGCCUUGGAUGGAGCUAACGCAGUCGAUGCCGGCAAUGAAGAUGACACUCUUGGGAGAGAAAUUCUGCCUGACAGAUUUGUUGACGGAGGUCCAGCCGUCAACCCAUCGACAACAAACGAGGAUCAAGAAGACAGAUUCUCCGGAGAAGAUUUAAUGCUCGAUGACUCGGCGAAUGUCGAAUUCGUCUCCCAAACCCAUAUUGUUCCCCAGCCUGUGAUCCCACCAAGGUCCAAGAAAGGAAGAGCUUCAACAACCCCCCGCUACGAAUUGAUCGUAGUUCCGAGGAAUUCCGCCACAGGCCCCGACCAACAGUCAAAUUUACCAAAAUGUGCAACCACCAAAGGAUUAGAAGGGUCGUCUGAACAAGCUCCGAUCACGGUUGAUUCAUCGACGAAUGGUGGAUCCAAGUCUGCCAGUGUGGUGGAAUCUAUAUCCAGACCACCCUCUCCGCAAGCAGAACCUCACAAAUCUGAGCAAUUACAUGACACUGAGAGUGAGAUCGAGAAAGGGUCCUUACUGUCUGAGGACCCUGAUGAUGAGGAUGCAGUCCCCGAUUGGCUCAUUUGA